AUGGAGAAUGGAGGUUUGAACGGCACACACCCAAACCAUGACAGAAACCUGAAAGUCAACGGCAUCAAUGGUGGAGCGAUGGAGGGACAGCCAAAUAAGGGCAAGGCACCGGCCGAUACUCCUGCGUCCGGCAGCAUGGCGAAUGGCCUCUCCGGUGGAAACGUCCAGCACGACUCCCAAGGCAAGCAACAAUCGCAAGUGUCGACCGGGCUGACAUUACAGCAAAAGCCGAGGAUGAACGACCUGCCCGAGGAGAUUGUGCACAUCACCCAGGGGUACAUUCCUCUAUCGACGAUCGUGUCGCGACUCGCGCAACACACUCACGAAGAGCUACAGAAGACGAUCAUGGAUAUGGCAGCCAUCAAAUGGGCACCUCCUGCUGUGAACGGAAACACACCCCACGGCAGCGACGCGCCUGACGAUAUGUCGGAAGGGAACAAGAGAAGGAAGAUGCUCAUGCUCAAGUUUGCACAAGAUGCGCAUUCCAAAUGGGUCAAGGCCCUCGUCAUCACGGACUGGAGUAAGAAUGCGGAGGCUGUCAGCAAGCUUAUCGACAUCAAGGCGCACAUUGACUCGAAGCGCAUGCUAUACGACUACUCCCAGGACUUAUUGAUUGACCUGAAGCUUUCGCUUAUUGGCGCCCGACUUCCCAACCCAGACUUGAAGACUGCUUUGCAGGUUUUGACGACUGGUGAAGCAUCAUGGGUUCCAGAGCCUGGGUAUAUUCCAUCGCCGCCGUUGACAGCAGAAGAACAAUUGAAAUGGAUUGACGACCUCAACACGAUGCUUUCUCUUCGCCUGAACCUGGACGAUUACGACAAAAUACCACAUCAGUUCAAGAACUACACCAUACAGUCUGGCAGAGUCACUUUCAUAGUGAAGGGCGAGUUCGAAGUGGACCUGACAAUCGCCGACGAGGACUUUAACAAACAAUUCUGGUUCAUUGACUUCCGAUUCGCCUUUUCACCCUCAUCAACCAAGCUCUCUGACGCGCUGGUGUCAUUCCUCGAGGGACAAGUCAACGAAAUCCUUGGAAAGGAGGGCCUCGAGGGAUGCUACCGAUUCCUACACGAAUUCGUGCUCACACACAAGAUCAGCGAGCUCAGGAGACAAGCCAUCGAGCUGAGUCGAAGCACAUGGACCGGCACAUUGAUGGUUGAACCUUUAAACAGAGCCUUGGCCCUGCAAUACUGGACCACUCGAUACGGACCUAACGGACCAAAGAGCUGGGUCAUGAUUGCCGUGAAUAGUGCGAGGAAGACGAAUGGGCAGACUAAUUCGAAGCACUCCAGCCGCUUGGUCGCACGCUGGUAUCGGGACAACAAGGAAGUCAAAGAUCUUUUCCUGCCAUUUGACGUGGACAACUUGUGCGCCGAAAACCUGCUCAAGACCGCAGUCGCCAGGCACGUUGAACACAUUCUCUCGUCUAUCCACACCAAGCUGCUAUCAUAUCCUCGGUUCGUCAACAGGGAGUCCUCAUUGAAUAUGACGAUUUCUCAAACGGAACCGAUGGAGUCAUCACUGAGCAUGCAACUAGGCUCUCGGGACAAUGUCACACUCAUAAUACAACCCGUUACUGGGUUCGCCGCUAUCAAGCCUCACACGAAAUACUCACUAACGGGAGAAAGUCGCCUCAAUUACGGCGGCAAGGACCCUGCAGAGGUCGGAGUUACCUGCCUUGAAAAUAUCAGGUGGGGCUACGUCAUUGAAGAGUGCCAGCGCAGAGGACGAAGUGUGGGUUGGAAGACUUGCAAGAGUCCGCUUGGUGGCGAAGACAUCAAGCAAAUCGUACGGACCCGUGAGGCGUUCCAAACUAUUUUCCUGCAGCGUCAAAGCCUGGACCAGAGCUGGUUCGUCAUGGUUUCCUUGAGCUUGAGUGGCGAUGAAUGGUGGCUGCUUGAUAUUGACCGCAGUACACCAACGCGUCCGAUCAAGUUCCGCACCAAAAUGUCACUUACUCGAGGGCAACCCGACCUGGAUGACUCCUUCUGGUCUAACCUGACACUUUUCGUUACUGGCAUCAUUUCACACGCUACUGACUUGGAACACCUGCAUAGAGGCAAGGUCCAAUACUUAACAAAGGAGUCCACCAACUAUGCGCUACCGCAACAAGUACGGCUUCCAUCUCUUCUCAUCAAGUUAUCGCAGAUCUUGAGGUCACCAGAAACUGGCGCACAGGAUGGCUCCAAAGACGUCUCCAGGCAGUCGGGCAAACAAGAUUCAUCUUGGGCGCAGGAUCAGGUCGAGGUGAAGUUCAAGGGACUUCAGACUCGGCCUACGAUCGCCCAAGGUCAAGAUGGCAAAGGUUCCUCAGCUGUCGAUACAAUCGAGAACGCCGAGCUAAAUACGGUUGUCGACGCUAUUGUCCGAGUCAAAGAUAAGGCCAAAUUUGCGCUCCUGAGGGGGCGUAUCGACCGAGACGUCUCCUUCAGUCCCAGGAAAGGCGAGUUCAUAUUCCGCAUACGCCAGUCGGUUGGGCAACCUAUACUUGAGACUUUGACAGCCCAUGUCAAGUCCAUUGAUCGCCUUGUAGGCUUCCUCGAGGCCAUGAGCAAAGCAAGAGGUUCUCUCAAGUGCGAGAGAGUCGGUCUUCGACAGGUGGUUUUCACGUACGGUGAUGUCGCGAUGCCAGGCGAGAGCGACCAGGCUCAGAAACCGAGACGCUGGAGGGUAUCCCUCGACUUGGUCAAGAGUGAUAUCAGAAUGUCUUUGGAAAAAGGGAACCCGCACGGGAGAGUUCUCGAUUUACUCACGGCUUUGGUAAAUACUCAGGACGGACUCAAAGCCUUGAUCUUUUACAUGCCGAUACUAUUACCCGUUCUGAGAAGCCUCGAGAGUAUUGAGUCGAAAUGGGAACCCCUCGAAACAACCAACCAAGGACGCGUCGAAGUCUUUACUAGGUCUGUUGACUGGAUCGCUCUUCGUUACACCCUUCCUAGUCCGACAGGCCAAUCUCGGGUUUUAGUAUUGGAGGUUCGAAGCAAGAUGCGGCGCAAUGAGAUGUGGUGGAACUUCACCCGCGCAACACAGGGUUCAGUUGCUGCCGACGAGGAGUUUAACAAGAUCCUAAGGGGAAUCUGGGAAUCUCACGGCGAUGGCUGGAGGGGUCUGAGAAGUGGCGCAGCUUCGAGGCCUGGCCUUAGCACCAUGGAGUUGCUCACGAAGCUCGACGACGCUGUGCGAGCGUACGCUGUGACUGGUGACGUUGGCAACGCACCAUCAACCGAGGGGCAGCCGACGCAAAGCAGUGGAACAAUUUCAACCAAUCAGUCGUUUGGCACGCAACCAAAAAGCGUGAGCCAGGGGAACAAGAAGACCGGUGGAGGAAGUAAGCAAGCGCCCUUGGUGCUCGAUUGA